GUGCGAGCGCCUGUGGUGCCCGCGGCAAGAGCGGACAGUGUGGAGAGCUCGAGCAGCCAACGCCGGGGGGCUUCGCAUUGCAGAAGGGCAGACGGUGAAAGCAGGCACGCUGGACAUCCAUGGCACAGCUAACCUCACCUGCUUUUGGGCGUUGAUAAAGUGACUUUCACCUGGGAAUUUCUGUGCAAGGAGAAAACCUAACAAGUGAGAAGAAAUCACGAAAAGAAUGGCCAUUGGCACUGCGGGAAAGUCACUCUUGUCGGUACCUGAAGCCAGCUGGGCCUGUGAGAGGACACUGCUUUACCGUUCAGAGUCUUUGCUUAGGCAGCAUGGGUUGGUGGGUCGGCAGAAGACAGUCUGCAGUUAGUUCUAGACACCAACCCCGUGAAAACUCCAGCGUCAUGUUUUAUGGGUCUUCAGCCAGCAUGUCCCUUCCUUCUAAAAACAAGCUGAAGAGACAAAGUCGUACUUUUACUCAAGUCCUUUACCGAACCCUGAGUUAUCGUGACCGGCGAUCUGUUGCUGACAUCCCCAACCAAAUAGCUGAUGACCCCGCUGAGCUAUCCACACAGACAUCUGCACCCGGAGUUCUCAAGAUAUUUGGUGAUGAAAUCUGUGCUGGAGCCAAUUACAAAAGUGUUCUGGCCACUCCCCGUUCAAGCGCUCAAGAACUUGUGAAGGAGGCCUUGGAGAGAUAUUCCUUGAGCAAAGCUGCAGUGAGUGAGUACUUGCUAUGUGACGUGAUUGGGAAGUUUGAAGGUACAGAGAAAAAGUGGAGGACUGAGUGCCUUAGAGCUCUUGGGGACAAUGAGAAACCCCUCCUCCUCCAGGAUUUGUGGAAGCCCAAAGAGGGAUUUGCACGUAGGUUUGAGCUACGGAAACGAGCUGAUGUGGAAGAGAUGGCUUCUAAGGAGAUUGAUACCAUCACAGCAGGACCUUUCAAACUCCCUCACCUUAUAGUGACACCACCAAGUGAAACAGAACAUGAAAACGCUGGAAUAUCAGCAAUCUACAAGCAUAUGCUAGUGCCCCCUAAUGUUUCAACAGCAUACUCUGGCUUCACAGACAUUAAUGCACAAGCUAGAAAGCUACAGAGAAAUCGGGCAAAGGGAGCAACCUCUCUGACAUCAGGAACCACAUUCUGCCGCAGUUUGAGUGAAACAAGUCUUAACUUGGUGGGCAGCCCUGUGGAUGAGCCCAAGCGAUAUUAUUCUACACUUCCAGGACCACUACGAGGAAGAUAUGGGAAAGAGGGUUCUAUCUGCAGUAGAAAAAAAGAAGAGAGGGAGAGUGGAGGUGUCCGACACUCACUUUACCACUCACCACAUCUUCUGCUCCUCCAAGGGUACAGCCAGCGGAAUGACUGCUUAGUGUACCUACUAAAUCGAGACCAGCACACUGUUGGCCAAGAGACAUCAUCAGCCCGUCCCAACAUAUGCCUCUCCUCACCAGAUAUACUGCCUUUGCACUGCAAAAUCAAGAAGAUUCAAGUGCUGAAAAGACUCAGUCAGACGGUGGAGGAAAGGCUUGUAAUGGAACCACUACCACGUGCCAGCAUUCUAAUAAACUUUUCUAAGGCGGAGCACACUACACCUUUGCGCCAUGGUGACCUGCUCUCCUUUGGUGCUCACUAUAUAUUCCUCUACAAGGAUCCAGUCAGUGCUAAGCCUCUUCCAGCCCAGACACUUGCCAGGUUGAAAGCACUGAGCCAGCUGCCAGAUGGAGAGAUAGAUCAAAUUGCACCUUUUGCCUGUAAGGUCUGUGGGGCUGUAAUUAAAGAAAAACAGCAAUUGCGCAAAAGCUUCAAACCUAAUCUUAACAAAAGUAAAAACCUUCAGAGAAGGAAGCUGCAUCUGGAAUUUGAGAAAGUCCAUGAAGACGAAUUGAUCGGGAGAAUUAUAUCUCUUAUUGAGCCAGGUGGGGAUGACCACAAAUUGACUCCAGCUUACCUGCUAUGUCUGUGCAUCAAGCACUCGGCCACAGCCUUCGAGGCAGGAAGCUUUGGGAAGCUAUUGCUAAAGAUUGUGAAAAGGAUACAGUCUAUAGCCUGGGAGAAGACAAAGGAGUUGGCAGAAAAGCAAUCUCAGCAUCAGGAUCCUGCUUCUUUGUCCCUCCUAAGUAUAACAGAUUUGGUCCCAGAUCUACAGCUUAUUGUCUUUUGGAUGGCAAACAGUAUUGAAAUCCUGUACUUCAUACAGCAAAAGACUCCAGAAUACAUACAAGGCAUUGAAGAUGUCAAAGGGUCCAAAGAAUCUCUUCUUUCCACCACAAUAUCCGCUAACGAAGAAGCCAUGACAAUUCUGGAAGAAGUCAUAAUGUACACAUUCCAGCAAUGUGUAUAUUACAUUACAAAAUCGUUAUAUGUUUGCUUGCCUGGAUUGCUGGAGUGUAACCCCUUCUUGACUGAGGCCACUGACUCCUCCUGGAGAAGUUCUGCUAGUGUCCCUGAAGCGGUUCGAAAAGUGGUGUUGAUCUACCAGACCACUCUAGACCUCCUGCAGCAGUAUGAGGUGCACAUGGAGGUCCAGUCCCAGAUGUUUGCUUACUUGUUUUUCUUCACCAACGUGUCACUUUUCAAUCAGCUUUUAGACAAAGGUCCUAUGCGGGGCUGGUUUCAGUGGUCACGUGGCAUUCAAAUCCAGGGUACUUUGAGAAUGCUGACUGAUUGGGCAAGAAAUGCAGGACUAUCACAUUUAGCAGAUGACUUCUUUGCAAAGUUUUCUGCUACUGCAAACAUACUGGCCACACCAAUGCUUCACUUAAUCCAGAUGAGUUGGAAGGGUCUGUGUACUGAAUACCCAUCUCUUACACCUGCCCAGAUACACCAUCUUUUAGUGCAUUACCAGCUAUCGGGUGAUAUUGGUCCCAUCCCUGCAUGGCAUCCAAGUCCUGAGGAGGAAGCACAGAUUUACAGAACAGGGGAUCUUCUAGAGAGUUUUGAAAACCAUCCACCUAUUGUCCUGCCCAGCAGUGGGUUCAAAGUGGAUCUGGAAUCUGACUGCGUGGAUGAUAAUAUCUACAGACAAUUGCUAUACGUACGUCACUUCCUCUGGGGUGUCAAGACCAGAGCUUCACCAUCCAAUGGAAAUUCAGAUAUGCAGGAGCUGACGAAUGAAAUCCCAGGAUUUCACAGCAACCUAAGAACAACAGUGGUGGGCGGACACUCCACUCCUGUUGACCAGCAACGACCCGGCAGCCACGUGGAGAUGGACACAGAUGGGAGAGUGUCAGUGAUGUCAAACGUGAGCUGCACUUCUAAAGAUGUGCAUCCUCAUGAUGACAGACUGAAGGAGAAAUUGCACCAGUUCCAAAUCCAGACAAGCCUGGGACGAAAUGGGUCGUUCCGCCAUGCCAUGCAGCCUCUAGACCCGUCCUGUUUGCUGACCCCUCCCAACACACCACUGUACACAGAAUUCAGCCAGACAGAGAGCUUGCCAGUCAACGGAAAUCCAAGGAUUACUCAUAAUUCCAGAAAAGGAGUGAAUGGUUUUAUCGCCAAUGGGCUAGAAGUCUCCUCCAGUCACAGCUCAGCAGCUGAUGAUUUCUGUUACGUAUUUGUAGUGGAGCUGGACAAGGGACCAUUCGGACUCGGAAUGGGACUGAUCGAUGGGCUGCACACUCCCCUCAAUUUGCCUGGGAUCUACAUCAGAACUUUAAUACCAGAUGGCCCUGCGGCAUCUGAUGGACGAUUGAAUAUUGGAGACAGAAUUUUAGCAGUUAACGGUACAAGCCUUAUUGGAGCUGAUUAUCAGAGUGCUGUGGACCUUAUUCGUCUUGGAGGUGGGAGGCUUCGUUUUUUGGUUGCUAAGUCUGACAAAGAGGUCUCUGAAAAAAUCAGUGCAUCCUCAUGUUAGGAUGAAGAACAAAUCAUUAUAUGCAAAGCCUUUAACUUUGCUUAAACCACUCUAAGGUUAAGCUUUCAGCUUACCAAAUAAGCAUGGGAGGCUCCAGCACCUGCCAGCAGGAGGUAAUGCUUAUAGACUGAAAGAAGCAUUUCAUGGCAUCUGAAAAAUAAUUUUUGUUCUGUGCUUCCAUGACAGUUCUAAAUAGGUUUGAUCUGCAGUUAGGAAUCAUUAACAAGGGGAAGAUUUUAUCUGUUAAUAGUUACAUAAAGUGUUAUAAUGAUUAUGCAAAUAUUUUCCACAGUAUUACCAACUUUUCAUGUUUACUCACAAGAAAGUAUAUGACUGUUAAUGUCUGUGCCCCGGCUAAGGCUCUAUUUUACUUUUUGAACUUUGUUCUAAUCAAAGCAUAUGUCUAGGAUUAUCACAGUUGAUUUAAAGUGUGUGGUAUCAGUAAUUAAAAUGUUCAUCACACACUGAAAUUAGAUGAUUUGAAAUACGUGGGACGUCAAACAAAUUAGAAAAACGAUCUGGACAUGACAAGCUUGUAAAAAUUCAAGUAGGCUAACAAAAAGAGCACAUGAGUGUGCUUACUU